AAAACGUGAUGACGAAAUACGUUCUUUCUUUGCCGCAUCUACUGCGAGAAUGAAGACCAUUCUCAGCAACCAGACUGUGGACAUUCCGGAGAAUGUCGACAUCAGUCUGAAGGGUCGCACCGUCAUCGUGAAGGGCCCCCGGGGAACCCUGCGGAGGGACUUCAACCACAUCAAUGUGGAGCUCAGCCUCCUGGGAAAGAAAAAGAAGAGGCUCCGUGUUGACAAAUGGUGGGGAAACAGAAAGGAACUGGCUACAGUCCGCACCAUCUGUAGUCAUGUGCAGAAUAUGAUCAAGGGCGUUACCCUGGGCUUCCGUUACAAGAUGAGGUCUGUGUAUGCUCACUUCCCCAUCAACGUUGUUAUCCAAGAGAGCGGGUCUCUUGUUGAAAUCCGAAACUUCUUGGGUGAAAAAUACAUUCGUAGGGUUCGGAUGAGAGCAGGUGUUGCUUGUUCAGUAUCUCAAGCCCAGAAAGAUGAAUUAAUUCUUGAAGGAAACGACAUUGAACUUGUAUCAAAUUCAGCUGCUUUAAUUCAGCAAGCCACAACAGUUAAAAACAAGGAUAUCCGAAAAUUUUUGGAUGGUAUCUAUGUGUCUGAAAAAGGAACUGUCCAGCAGGCUGAUGAGUAAGAUAUAAAAG